UAUACAGAAAGUGCCAUUCAGAAAGCUUGCCAGUGAGAUGGGAGAGUCACACACACAGCCUCAGAAGAAAGAAGCUGAACGUCUUAUCUGAGAGGGAAAGAAAAGGAGCCUGUGAGUUGAGAGGUAAAUAAAUAUCUGAAAGGACUUAUGUGAUCAUGGAACCUGAGCCCAAGGCCUAGGCUUGGCGCGCGGGCGGCCCGAGCCUCGGCGGCAGCGGCGGCAACGGCGGCGGCGCUGACACCUCCCACCAUGGACAGCUUCGACUUAGCCUUGCUCCAGGAAUGGGACCUCGAGUCGCUGUGUGUCUAUGAACCAGAUAGAAAUGUGCUACGGAGGAAAGAGCGAGAAAGAAGAAAUCAGGAAACUCAGCAGGAUGAUGGCACAUUUAAUUCGAGUUACUCCCUCUUCAGUGAACCCUACAAGACGAACAAAGGGGAUGAGCUCUCCAACCGGAUCCAGAAUACUUUAGGCAAUUACGAUGAAAUGAAAGACUUUUUAACUGAUAGGUCUAAUCAGAGUCAUCUCGUUGGCGUUCCCAAACCUGGGGUUCCUCAGGCUCCUGUGAACAAGAUCGAUGAACAUUUUGUUGCAGAUUCAAGAGCCCAGACCCAGCCCUCGUCUGUCUGUAGCACUGCUUCUUCCACACCAGCCACCGUCCCCGCACAGCAGAGUAAGAGGGGCACCAUGGGCUGGCAGAAGCCUGGGCACCCGCCAUCGGAUGGCCAACAGAGAGCAAGUAAGCACGGACACAGGUUGCUUGAUUUGAACAGAUCUGCUAACCCAAAGAACCAUAAUAAAAAACCUAACCAGUCUGUGUCGAGCCCCUCAUCCUCAUCUUCCUCUUCUUCUUCCUCUUCUUCUUCUUCUUCUUCUUCUUCUUCUUCCAACUCAGCACAACAAGGCUCUCUCAGGACCUUGCUUGGAGAUGGUGUUGGCAGACAGCAGCCACGAGCCAAACAAGUGUGCAAUGUAGAGGUGGGUCUUCAGACCCAGGAAAGGCCACCUGCUAUGGCAGCCAAGCACAGCGGCGGCGGACACUGUGUUCAGAACUUUCCUCCAUCCCUGGCUUCAAAACCCAGCCUGGUCCAGCAGAAACCAACUGCAUACGUGCGGCCGAUGGACGGCCAAGAUCAGGCUCCUGAUGAGUCUCCAAAGCUUAAGUCGUCCACAGAAACCAGUGUGCACUGCACAUCAUACAGGGGAGUCCCGACCACCAAGCCAGAGUCCGCCAGAGCCAAGGCCAAGCUUUCCAAGUUCAGCAUCCCCAAACAAGGAGAGGAGAGUAGAUCUGGAGACACAAACAGCUGUGUUGAAGAAAUAAUUCGGGAGAUGACCUGGCUUCCACCACUUUCUGCUAUUCCAGCACCUGGCAAAGUGGAACCAAGCAAAUUUCCAUUUCCAAAUAAGGACUCUCAGCUUGUUUCCUCCGGACACAGUAAUCCAAAGAAAGGUGAUGCUGAGCCAGAGAGUCCAGACAAUGGCACAUCGAAUACCUCCUCUCUGGAAUGGUUGUCCCCAUUUACAGAUAAGGGAAAUGAUGCACAGAGAGGAAUGCUAGAAGAUGACCUUAAGCUAAGUAGUGACGAAGAGGAGAAUGAGCAGCAGGCAGCCCAGAGAACUGUUCUCCACGCUCUGUCUGACAGCGCCGUGGUCCAGCAGGCCAACUGCAGAGCCUCCGUGCCUUCCAGCAAGGGCAGCGGCAGCAGCAGCAGCGGGAGCGGCAGCAGCUCGUCCAGUGACUCAGAGAGCAGCUCUGGCUCCGACUCGGAGACGGAGAGCAGCUCCAGCGAGAGUGAGGGCAGCAAGCCUCCCCACUACUCCAGCCCCGAGGCUGAACCAGCAUCCUCUAACAAGUGGCAGCUGGAUAAAUGGCUAAACAAAGUUAAUCCCCACAAGCCGCCUAUUCUGAUCCAAAAUGAAAGCCACGGGCCAGAGAGCAAUCAAUACUACACUCCAGCGAAAGAGGAAGUGCAGGACUGUGGGAAACUUCCCGACGUUUGCCAAACCAGCCUGAGAGAGAAGGACAUCAAGAGCGCCUGCAAGGAGGAGCAGAGGCCAAGGACAGCGAACAAGGCCCCGGGGAGUAAAGGAGUGAAGCAGAAGUCCCCGCCCGCGGCCGUGGCCGUGGCCGUGACUACCGCUGCCCAGCCGCCCGCCGUGCCGGGCGCGCCCGCCGAGAGCGCCCCCGCGCCCGCCCGGAGGUCUGCGGGAAAGAAGCCCACCAGGCGCACGGAGAGGACCUCCGCCGGGGACAGCACCAACUGCCACCGGCCCGAGGAGCCCGCGGCCGCCGACGCACUGGGGGCGAGCGUGGUGAUCCCUCCGGAGCCCACCAAAACCAGGCCCUGCGGCAACAGCAGAACGAGCCACCGCAAGGAGCUGCGUUCCUCGGUGACCUGCGAGAAGCGCCGCACGCGCGGGCUGAGCAGGAUCGUCCCCAAAUCCAAGGAGUUCAUAGAGACCGAGUCGUCAUCUUCCUCCUCCUCCUCGGACUCGGACCUGGAGUCUGAGCAGGAGGAGUACCCUCUGUGCAAAGCCCAGGCUGUGGCCGCCGCCGCCGCGGCCUCCUCGGGGAGUGACCAGAGGCUGAAAGAGGCGGCCAGCAGCAUCAGCAGUGGGGGCGGCCCCAGGGCCCCUGUAGGCUCCAUCAACGCCAGGACCACUAGUGACAUUGCCAAGGAGCUGGAGGAACAGUUCUACACGCUGGUCCCUUUCGGCCGCAACGAACUUCUCUCCCCCUUGAAGGACAGUGAUGAGGUCAGGUCUCUCUGGGUCAAAAUUGACCUGACCCUCCUGUCCAGGAUCCCAGAACACCUGCCCCAGGAGCCCGGGGUCUUGAAUGCCCCUGCAGCCAAGGACACUGAGAGCACACAGCCAAGCCAUCCAUCCGACACUCCUGCCGAAAAGGCUUUGCCAAAAUCCAAGAGGAAACGCAAGUGUGACAACGAAGACGACUACAGGGAGGUCAAGAAGGCCCAGGGAGAGAAAGAGAGCUCUUCACGACUGACCACCUCUGCCAAUAAUACUUUAUCUGCGAACCACUGCAGCAUGAACAUCAACAGCUUGGCAAUACCAAUAAAUAAAAAUGAAAAAAUGCUCCGGUCACCCAUCUCACCCCUAUCGGAUGCAUCUAAACACAAAUACUCCAGCGAGGACUUAACUUCUUCCAGCAGAUCGAAUGGCAGUGGCUCGUUCACUUCUGCAUCCUCCAACAAAAAGCAUAAGGCUGAGAACCAGCUGCAGUCUCAUGCCGGAGACCUCACGAAAGCCGCUCACAACAAUUCCGAAAACAUUCUCCACAAGUCACGGCCGCAGACAGAGCCAUGGUCUCCCGGUGCCAACGGCCACAGGGACUGCAAGAGGCAGAAACUUAUCUUCGAUGAUAUGCCACGCAGUGCAGAUUAUUUUAUGCAAGAAGCUAAACGGAUGAAGCAUAAAGCAGAUGCAAUGGUGGAAAAGUUUGGAAAGGCUUUGAACUAUGCUGAAGCAGCUUUGUCAUUUAUUGAGUGUGGAAAUGCAAUGGAACAAGGCCCAAUGGAAUCAAAAUCUCCUUAUACGAUGUAUUCGGAAACAGUAGAGCUCAUCAGGUAUGCUAUGAGACUAAAAACCCAUUCAGGCCCCAAUGCCACACCAGAGGACAAACAAUUGGCUGCAUUAUGUUACCGCUGCCUGGCUCUCCUGUACUGGCGGAUGUUUCGACUCAAAAGGGACCACGCUGUGAAGUAUUCAAAAGCACUUAUCGACUAUUUCAAGAAUUCAUCUAAAGCUGCCCAAGCCCCAUCUCCAUGGGGAGCCAGUGGAAAGAGCACUGGAACCCCAUCCCCCAUGUCUCCCAACCCCUCCCCGACCAGCUCCGUGGGAUCUCAGGGGAGCCUCUCCAAUGCCAACGCCCUGUCCCCUUCAACCAUCGUCAGCAUCCCACAGCGCAUCCACCAGAUGGCAGCCAAUCACGUCAGCAUCACCAACAGCAUUCUCCACAGCUAUGACUACUGGGAGAUGGCAGACAACCUGGCCAAGGAAAACAGAGAAUUCUUCAACGACCUGGAUUUGCUCAUGGGGCCUGUCACCCUGCACAGCAGCAUGGAGCAUCUGGUCCAGUACUCCCAGCAGGGCCUGCACUGGUUGCGGAACAGCACCCACCUGUCAUAGGGACCUUGCCCGUGAGCUGGAUUGUGCUCUCGUCUCCACGGAUGGCUCAAUGUUUCUGGACACUGUGCUACUGAAGUCCCCGGCCACAGCAUUUCCCAAACUGCGGUGAAUAUUUCCUCAGCAUCGAACAAUGGUCUUUUCCCAGGGCAUGUGUGUUUGUAUGUGUGUGUGGAUGUUAAAGAACCUGCCUGUAUGUGUGUAAGAUACACGGCUCUUUAGAACACAUUUUCUUUGUCUAGUUUCAUAAUCCCAAGCUAGACAAAGUGAUGAGAGGUUUCUGAUUAGAGAAUAUACACUUACACACACACACACACACACACACACACACACACACACUUUCUUCAAAGCUAAACCAUGACUUCUUAGAACAUUCAACCAAAAUCUCAUGGGUUAGUUAACCAGGUGCAAUACAGCACACCAAAAGCUUGACUGCCAGUUAAGAUGAACCUAGUUCUUAUAUUAUUGAUUACUUUCAGUAUUAAUAUACUAUUCCCCAAUUCAUUUUUGAUUGUGUGUAUUAAUGGGUAAUUGAAUAAUGAAAAGAAGUCAGUUAUUUUUGUGCUGGACGUUUACUAGAUUGCAUGUGACCAAAUACCUUGCCUUUUGUCUACUCCUCACCCCUUCCAUCCAACUUUGUUAUCACCUAAAGGCGUUAUGUGCAAAUGGAUCAAAUCCCACAGGCCUGCCCUGCCCUGCCCCCGAAAGAAUAUGAACAUGGCACUGGGGUUUGGUAAAAAGUCAGUGUCUUUGCAAGCUAACCGACACUAAAAGACAGCUGUGCUUGGAGCUCAGUCAAGAAUUGCAAGCUUCUGCUCGUGCCACGACAAGCCCACCCAGCACAUGUGUUGUUUCUUCCUGCCACUGUGACACGGUGGCCACAGAGCCACAGGGCGUUUGUCAGCCAAUAUUUUUCAAGUCUUUUCUCUCCGCGAUAGCUCUCUUAACAUAUGUUCUUGGCCAAAUUAGGACAUUCCCUAGAAUGUCUCUUCACUAGGAGUCUGUAUCUGCUGCUUCUCAGGCUGAGAACUAUUCGCUAUCAUGAGACUGUCUAAUCCUCUCACUCUUCAUGCAGAACGCAGGCCUUUAAUGCAUUUCGAUCUGGGGGCUGUGUUUCAGGCUUUGAUUAGCAAGCUGCUUACUGCGCAGGGUAAGUUAUUUUUGCAAGGACCGCAAAUCUGUUUGCGGUAGCAAUGACCAGAACAUCAUAUGCUUCCAUCCCGCGUAUCUGGUAUGUUUACGUCUUGUCCUUGAUUCUUUUUUCUUUUUUUUUAAAUGAAGUUUACAUUUUAUUUUUUGACGUCUUGUUUACAGUUUUUGUCUGAAACUUACUUCUUUUAUAGUCUCUUAUCAUGCCCUAGAUUUAGUCUUCUUGUUAAAUAUACUUGGAUAUAAAAAAUACUGGUAAAAAAGAAAAAUUCCUACAAAAGAGGAUAGACCUUGCCAUAUCCUUAAAAACAAAAAUAAAUCCUUUGAAGCCUCUCACUUGACAGAAUUGUACCAGGAUGGUCUGAGAAAGACAGGUGAAUGCCAUACGUGGAACACUCCGUUUUCCAAGGUGAUAGUGGCACAAAACAUUUAUAAAAGAUAGUGUUAUAUGCUUUCCCUGAUGCUCUUACUGGUUUGGUUGUAACGUUCACAUUGUUGUCACCUGACCUGUAGGUGGGAAAUAAGACUGCGGUAAUUCUAAGCACUGAUUCAAAAGGAUUGAGCAACUUCAGUGAUUUGAAAUGAAUCGAAAGUGAAGGGUUCAAAGGGUAAUGAAGCCAGUGAAGGAUUUGUGAAAUUUGCAUUUGGCUUCAGCCCUGAAGCUUCUGGAAAUAUUACCAGUAUUUCCAUUUUACAUUUAUCCAACUGAGGUGCUCCUCACACCCCUUUCACGAGUUGUUGGCAGAGUUCAUGACCCCAUCCUAUGUUGGAAAUUUGAGUCUAAUUUAGGAUUUUUUUUUUUUUUUUGGAGGACAGAGGCUUAGUUCUACUUCCUCUUGCUGAAUUCUGAUGAAAUGUUGAAACGCUCACAUAAAGGGAUGAUGAGCCUCAGGGUCUGCAUCAUGUAUCCCUGCCCAUCCUUAAAGUCAUGGGUCUUGUGGGAGCCCCAUGGUUGCUUACCCACAAAACCCCAUGUAAACACACAGGUGGCCCCUGGCUGAUUGUGCCCACAGCAUUUUAUCAGCACUUAGGUGGCCCGUGUUUCCCAACAAAACUUGGAACUGGUCAUUUUGUGGAUGGUCAGAGCGUGCAGGGUCCUCUCCCUGUCUUUGAUCUCAUCAAUAGACCCUGUGAGGGCAGCAGCUUCUGUUUUCUUUGGCAGAGCUGAUUUUGGUAAGGAACCAUCUUCUGAUUGUUGUUUGUGAAAGUCAUUCAUAACUUGUUCCUUUUCUUUAGCUUUGUUCAAAGUAGAAAUACCUUUCUUAUGAUUUUGGAUUAUAAAAGUAAUACAUGCUCAUUGUAAAGAUUCAAACAAGACAGCAAUGUAUAAAGUAGAAAGUAGUAAGUCCUAUCCCCCGAAGACAACCACUGCUCACAGUUUCAUGUAGAUUCUUCUAGAGAUUCUCCCAUUUAAACAUAUAAUGUCUAUUACCGUUUUUUUCUAUUUGAAGAUAUAUUAUUUCCUCAGAAGUUCAACACAAGUUCAACUGACCUUAUCCUUCCAUGACCUGAGUGGAUGCCUUCCUUUAUCCCAAUGUUAGUGUUACCUUUGAAAGAAAGUGACCCAAAUAUAUUCCUGAUCAAAAUUUGGGAUUUGUUACUACUCUCUACACAGAUCAGACUUAUGUGCAGGAUUGUGCCUGGAAAGAGAGGUUUGGUUAAAACAGAUAUUUCUGGAAACAUUCAAAUUGCAAAUGGAAACUCGGACCCACUAUCUAAAGAAGAAUGUACUGGAAAAGUAAUCUGAAGAGUUGACAAAUUGUGUACUAGAUUGAACACAUGGAAUGCAAUGCAAUGAGAUUUUCUGCACUAAAACUUACCCUAGUAUGUAAAACAAUGAUGUGUGUAUUAUAUAACAGUGAUGUGUACAUUUCUGACAUCCCAUACAUAAUAUACACAGUUUGUAUAAAUGCAUACAUUUAAAAAUAUAUAUGUACAAUACAGCUAACAUAAAACUGUAGUAUGCCUGAAGGAUAUUACUAGUGCCUAACAUUGAGUAUAAGUCACUGCGUGUUCGCAUCACCUUGGAAGUGCAGUAAUUGUUACAAAAUUAAUCAGUGCAGCCAACAUUAUUUAUGAAUCACAUCUUUGAAACUGUGCAGUAGUAUAUACAUAUAUAUUUUUAAAUAACAUUUUUCACAGUUUUCCAGAGUUACUGUUGAAAUCUGUAUCACCAAAAAAAAAAAAAGCAAGAUUUUUUUAAUGAUGUAGACACUCUUCAGACCCAGUAAUCUGUGUGUGAUUUCCUGUUUGUAGAUACCCAAGAGACUUUAGCAGUCACCAGCCUUAAUGCAUGUACAGGAUAUUAUUGUGACUUAAUUUAUCUGCAGUUUUUAAUCCAUGUGAAAUUGGAAUUUAUAAACUGACUUGGAUUAAAUAUGUCUGCCUUUCUAAGGUUGCAAAUGUUACAUUAAAUGAUUUAUGUUGUAAACAAGAGAAACGGAGUUGUAUGUUAAAAAAAAAAAUAUCCACCAAUUUCUGUGAAUAUUUUUACAAGGAAACUUCGGAAUCAAAAUACGUUCAAAUAAGUAUUUGGGUCGCGGGGUUCAAAAUCUCUUCAGAAACAACCCUGUUGUUUCAUGAAUUUCUUAAAUGUAGCUCCCACGAGUUAUCAUUAUUAGGUCUGAUAUUUUCCAAGGGCAAGACAGAAGUAUGUUUUUCUUCAUUACUCCUUGUGCAGAAGGAUACAGCCCAGUGUCCCAGAAAACGCUGAAUAGGAAGCUUGAGGCGUUCAUUGAUGCCUGUCCCACCAGUAGUCCUGGGACACUGGGGCACUGUUUUACUCAACAUUCCUUAAUAACACAAGUUAAUUCCCUAAGUUAUAUGUGCCAGGUUUUUUCAACUCAAACCAAAACCUGGUGGAAUAAUAAUGCUCACAAAUAUUUGGUUGAACCAAAUAAGAGAACUUUGAACUAAUGAAGAUGGAAAUAUUAGAACAGCGGCUUGCCAUUAUCUGUCCCCCUGUGUGGGAGGGUUUUUUGUUUAUCUUAUUUUUACUCUUCUCUCACAACUUUUGCAGUCCAUUCCUUCCCAAAGAAGCAGAAACAGCAACAAAAAUAGAAUGAUGACUCUGCCUUACCCAGCCCAUACCCUUAGGUUCAAGUUGCCUUGUCAUGCAGCAGGACCCUAGCUCGGCACCACCGUGGAGACCACCUCAUCCCAGAGGUGGCCAGGAUGGGGCACUGGACUUGCUUGCUCCAGGGACCUUGAUGCUCUUUUCAGAAGUGGCUUAGGCUAAGAAACACUCAACAGCCUACAGUUUGCCUGCUGUUAAAGUCUGUUGUAAUCAGAAUCAUAUUUUUAAGAAGUAACACCUUUUAAAUGAAACAUGGAUCAACUGGAGUCUCGAAAGACACUUUUUUAAUGAAAGAAAGAAAACUUAACAACAUAAACUGCAUUUCCAGCAAUUUUCCAAGCACAGUUUUCGAUAUCCCAGCUUCCCAGCAAACAGCACAAGAAAUGUUCAGACUUGAGCUUUGUGUUCUCUUUGUCCAAACUGAAUUAUUCUGUAUGUGUCAUCAGGGGGGGUCAGCUUGUUUGUGUGGCAUGAGGAAAAUUACAAAACUCUGUUCUCAAACUAAUUACAUCUGGCCACAGUUUGGGGUUUUAUGAUUUAAUUGCCAUUCUGAGGCACCAGGGGGUUAUAUGGGGCUGGCUCCAGGGGCACUUAGAUGCACAGCUCAUACAGUAAUGGGAAUCAGGGGAUUAAAUCCCUACGUGUUACUUUGAAAAUCCACUUCUUAGAGCCAGUUUUAAACACACUGAUCUGAGGGAUGAAUUCAAAGUACUAACUGCAAGUUGACACGAGGAUCAGCAUUUGUCUUCAAGCAUCAGGAAGUAACGAUGGGUCUUGAAAAGCUGAAUCAAGGACUUGUUUUCUACUCAUUUCUGACAUAGACGUUCAUCAGAAAAUAUUUAUAUCCAAAGAUGAUAUAAAAUAGUACCAUUGUUUAGGAUUUUCAAACAGUGCUGUUUGGUGAUAAAAAUAAUCACAAUAUUCUGCUUUCUGUACUGUUCUUCAGCACUUCUUCAGUUUUCCAUAAGACAAAACUGACUUUUUCCCCAGUGUUUAUCAUCUCUUGAUUUCUAGAUGUCCACAUGAGCAAAGAGAACAUACUUAACGCUGAGAAAUAUGCACUACUUGACUGAGCAGCAUUCUACCCACAGUAGCCAAAGGUAUACGACUUCUUAAAGAACAUUCUUUGAGUCUUCUCUGUUACCUUCAUCCUCCAAAGUGAGAGAUCACAAAUCCUCAAGUAUGGCCACGUAGGUGAGAUGUCAAAAAUUCUAAGUAUAUAACAUACUAAUCUUUAGUGAUCGAUGCCUUCAUAGCAUCACCAGCUGUCUCUGGGGCCUAUCUGUGUAGUGAAAUAACAAUAUUAACUCUUUGCUUUGAGUAAUCCGCAAUCUGAUUAUUAAUCCCCUGCUGUUCCCAGGGCUGCCAACUCAACCCAAAAUGUCCUUCUCUGUGAACUGGGUUGAUUUUGUUGUUCCUUUGGGGGCUUCACCCUUCUAAGUUCUAUAAGUCAGGUUUAGUAUCUUGACUUUUUAGAAGAAGAGUUAUUAGAGACAGUUGGAGCUUUAAUGAAACAAGGAUUCAAUAUGAGAACUCAUGGAUGUUGGGAUGAGAAGUCGGGAAAGUAACUGGGGUACCCAAACGUUCCCCUCCAUUGCCUGCUGCACCUGAUCCUUGAAUAAAGCUCCUCUGCAUACUGCAAUUUCCUCUCUGUGAAAUGUAAUUCAGAAUACCUAUAACCUCAGACAGAGUGUGAGGAUCAACAGAUUCGGGCAAGCGUUUUGAGAGUCCCAGUUGUCACAUUCAGCAGGAGUAAUGCAUGAUUGUCAGAACGGAGGCAACAGAAAUAUAUCCACAGGCACCAAGACACAAGGGUGUGUGAUGCGUGGCAUGGUCCUCUGUCCCCCCGAAGAGGUUCUAGAGGACCAAGAGCAUGGCAGUGGGGUAGCUACAGCUCCCUCCGUAAGAUUCUUCAGCCUUUAUUGUUACCAGUUUGAGUCCUCCUGCCUGUAGGCAGAGCAAGACCAAUGAGGGGGUGGGAGUGGGGGGGGGUCGGUACUUGCCAAGAGGAGCAAGGCUGCCAAGUACCCCAGCCAGUUGGCGGUACAGCCCCACCCACCCCCUUUCUCAUCCAGCCCUGACCUUAAGAAAUCAGGGGGUGUCCAGAUGGAAAUUGGAAGAAGGAACAUUGGGUCCAAGUUUCCAGUGUGCCAUCUUCCAUGAGAAAAUAACUUGCCUAUUGAACACCAUACUUCAAGAAUCUUCAUAGAGCCAGAGAACACAGCACAGUCUCGUUUUGCAUGCUCUCAUGGUUUUUCUUUGAGGCUGAGUUCCAAGAUGGGGAUCUUGUGCCUUUGAUGGUUUGUUUGUAUGUUUGUUUGGGGCCAGGAGGUGGAAGACAGCUAAUCUGGGACAUUUGUCCCUGAGAAAGGAGAUCUGUCACAAGGGACUUGGGUAUGUCAUGAGCUUCAGGAAAGAAGAGACCUCUCUUGAGAGAAUAGAUAGGUUUAUUCUCUAGUGGGUUAGGUUGCCUCAACAUGAUCACUUAAUUGCAGGCUUACACCUUAGUCAGUAUACCAGGAGAGAGAAAAAUCAACAUAAGAACUUAGUGAUUUUUGUGAUGCCUACCUAGACAUUUGUACAUUCUAGCCCCAAACAUUGAAACAAAAACUGGAAAUCUGACCAAUAAUCUGAAUGUUUCCUACCACCGAGGUCAAGGCCCUAAGUGUUGGAUUGAAGUUUUGAGCUUUUAUCUAAAAUUUAUAUUAUUUUAUAUUAUUUAGACACGGCCCUUCUUUGUGUCCCUAAAUCAGUGCUUUGAUGUCAUCAAAAUAAUCAUGACAUACUCAUUCUAAAGGGCCCUUUCUUUUCAUACUCACUGGAAAAUCCCUAGCCUUUCUCCAGUACAAAGGAGCAGGGGCUUAAGGUCUUGCAAGAUCCAUCCUCAUUUAGGCCCAAAUUGACACUAACACCCUUUCCACAAGAGCAUAACACCUUAUCCUGUGUGAAUUCUCAGUUUUUAGAUAAAAAAAAAAAUUCUAGAAUGGCAACAUGGGGUUUAUUAGCAUGAGGAGGUGUCGAUACACUAGCUAGACUCUUGGAUGUCACAUUUUCGCAGGCAGGAUGUUACAGAACAGACGCUCCUACCACAGCAUAAUAAACAGUUGCUUACUCUACAGUUGCAUGGGAUCAAGUUGAAAGUCACUCCCAUGUAAGUCUGCCUCAAUCAGAGCAGGGAUUUAAAAUUCCACCAUUUUAUACUGUAUCAUCUUGGAUGUUUAUUUAUGGAGCCGGCAGCUCUAAUUCAAUAUUCCUGCAUAGCGUGUCACAGCAAACACCUUUUCAAAUUCUGCAUCUCGGUCUCAGGAAAGCCGUCAGCAACUUGGGAACCUGCUUACGUCCCGCGAGACUUUUCCACUGAUCCAGUUUUAGCAGCCACAAAAUCAGAUCUCAGAGCCUUCACCUCCUCUUCUAGAAAUUGGUCUUACAAUUGUUUCCAGGAUUGAAGAGGAUUUUAAGUAGAACAAUUCUGUACAGUAAUUUAUACUGUAAAAAUGUACCCAUUGUAGCAUUGAUUAAAGUGCUGUAUUUAUAAGGUCGAUUACUAUUUUCAUUUGUGUCUAGUCAUUCAAUAUUAAAAUAGCUUAAGUUCA